UGUGUUAUCCAGUGAUUUAGAGGCAUUUUGAAACGCUGUCCUGUUAGAUUCAAAUGACCUGUGAAAACCACUGGGAACUUGAGUGCUUUGUAUAGACGCAAAUUACGCCUAUUCGGAUAUUAUAGAAUCACAAUAGGAAAAAAAUAAAGAUACUGGAGCGCAGACGGUGUUCCCAGGAGCGGCGGCGAGGGAGAAGGAAGUGAAGCCAAGCCAGGCGUGAGAGGUAAAAAGGAAACGCAGGACGGAAACGGAGGAAAGAUGGCGCGGAAACUACAAAAGUUCAUAAUCCUCUUCGACAACCCGAACCUGUUGUAUUUCCCCGGGCACUUCAUCUCCGGGAGAGUCAUCGUGGAAUUAGAGGAAGACACGUCUGUUUUAGGUGUCUAUUUCCACGUGGUGGGCGAGGGCGUGGUGCGAGUGUCGGACCGCAGGCAGCAGACGUACACAGAUAAGGAGAACUACAUCGAUUUCCGCAUGCGACUGCUAGGAGAGCCAGACGAACGUUUUCCUAUGGAGUCCGAAGACGCCAGUGAGUCCCGCGGUCAGGGUCCAAUCCUGCUGUCCCCUGGAAUCCACAGCUUCCCCUUCAAGCUCGGUCUGCCGCUCGGUUUGCCAUCCACCUUCCUUGGCAAACAUGGCUGGGUCCAGUAUUACUGCAAGGCUGCCUUGCGAGAACCUAAUGGCCUCACCCACAAGAACCAGCAAGUCUUCAUUGUUAUGAAUCCCAUUGACCUUAAUCUUGAACCUUCUAUUCUUGCUCAACCCUUCCAUUGUGAGAUUGAACACAUGCUGGGUAUGACAUGCAUGACCCAGGGACCUGUGUCAUGUCGUGUGAGAUUAGACCGUGGAGGAUACGUGCCUGGAGAAACCAUUAGCAUCUGGGCCAGGGUACACAAUCAGAGUCGAGUCACCAUAAAGAAAACACGAGCAUGUUUGACAGAGACAAUUCAAUACAUUUCCAAGAACAAGGUAGUCCAAACAGAGACAAGAGAACUGUCUUCAGUGAGCCGUGGCAAGAUUAAAUCCAAUGACACAGACGACUGGAAGUAUGAACAGCUGUAUGUACCACCUUUGCCACCAACAAAUCUUCGAGGAUGUCAUCUCAUCAGGAUACAAUAUGAUGUCUUUUUCAUCAUUGAACCAAACAAUCUGGAGAAGGACAUCAAAUUGCAACUGCCCAUCAUGAUGGCCACCUACCCUUACCGCAACACCGACGGAACUUUGAAGAAGAAGAAGGGAGCUCAGUACCCAAGUAAUCUACCUAUCUUCAGACCAUGGCUUGAGGAGAAGACCUUUGAAUAAUGAAAGUGUGAAUUAUACAUAACCAGUGGAGGAAGGUGCUCAGCUCCCCUCUCUUUCUCACUUUUUGAACAAUCACAUGACUUUGAAGAGGGCAAAAAAAAGGUGAAAUAUCCAAUCUCUGUUGUCUUGAUGAGUGAAUCACAAAAAAGGGAAAGAACAGUGUGAUUCUGGAGGACUUAUGAUAAUGUGUAUAACAGAUGUUAAGGUUGCAUGUAGGUGUAGCUUUAUAACAGUAAUAUCUAGUUAUGAAACCAUCUGUUUUUAUCAAUGAAUUUUAUCUCAGUUGUAUGAAAUAAUUUUCAUAUAUAAUUCAAAUUCACACUGAAAUCAAAGAGAACAAAACAUCUUGAUAGCCUCCAGUGAUGAGCUAUAAUAUCACAGAGAUUCAUUUAAGUUUAGUAAGUCAUUACUAUAUCAUUUUGUUUACAUAUUCAAGUACUGUCUUUCACCCUCAUGUUCUUAGGUGAACUUGAGUCUAAGAAAGCACUCACAAUACUCUUCAUAAAUAUCUUAAUCCAGUGAAACCUGCAUUAUCAUUUGUGUUUAUUGAUAUCACAUUAUGUCAUAACUAACAAUGAUUUUGUGAUUUUGUCUAUUUUUUAAGUAUUUCACCUAUGUAUAUAUGAAAAACUAAACCUGGAUAAAGAUAUGGCAUGGAAGGGUUUCACGCUUUUCACCAGCUUCAUGCAAAAGAAUGCUUUGCCUUUUUGCAUUGCAAAAAGUGCUUUAUUCUUUAUGGUGACAAUCUUUCCAUUAGUUUGAUGUAACUUUCACUAAUGCACAAGUCAUUCUUAUCUAUAAAUAGUUAUCAUAGUUAUCAUUCUUGAUUUGAGACUAGUUUCUUUGUUUCUGUAUAGUAUUCAUUAAUCUUACAGAUACUGUUUUACAGUUUUUCAUAUGAAUGAGAUUAUUUCAGUUUCUUGUAUGUAUGAAAAAGCAAAAGCAGAGUUAAUUAACAGACAAAUUACUCAAAUUAUGCAUUAAGACACAAAGAUGAUUAAAGGAUGCUUGCUGGUGUUACUUUAUUAAUGUUGUAAAUGGGAGUCUCUUCUUCAGAAAAGGGAUUCCAAAGCUCAAAGUGAGUAAUCUUGUCAAGGGAAUGUCUUUUUCCAGUAUGAUGUAUUUAUUGUUAAAGGUUAUACAUGGUGGUUCCUUUAAUUAAGUGUGCUGAUCUGUUUGUGGUUGAUAAUAGAACUUCUGUGUAGGGAGAGACAGAAUUAAGCAAUUAUAGCUAUAAUAUGAUUUAAACCACAGUUUAGUGACAUAUACUGCCUUGUAAAUGAUUUUAAUGAUCAGUUUAUUGCAAGGCAUCUCAUAUUAAUGUUUAUAUCAACAUAUAACAGUCAACAUAGAUAUGGUUUGCUCCAUGGCACUAUCUUUUAGGCUGUCACCCACAUACCUUUCACAUCUUUUGAAAGAGUGUGCUUUUGGGUGAGUAUAGAUAUCAGAUUAGUAGAAUAAAGGGAUCAAGUUGCAAAAAAUACAUUUGCUCAAAAUCGAGCUCUUAAGCUUGUAAGCAAUUUUGUCAUGUAUAUUUCAUGUGGCUUUUCCCUAUGAAAUUUAAGAUAAUUAUAUUCAUCUCACCCAAAGCCACAUUUAGGCCCUCUGUGUUCCCCUUCAUACAUGUGCACUAGCUCAGUCAAUAAUCUACGGUGCCAUAAUGACUCGGGCUGGUGUAAUGCAUCGUGGGACAGCACUUACAGUAUGUCGUUACAAGAGCUGGCAUGUCACCAGUAUAACUUUUUUCUUCCAUGUAUAAAUUUGUCAUAGUUAUUGUAUUUCUAAUAAAAUGUAAAGACAAAAACACAUUA